AUGUCCACCGCUUCAUCAGAAAGCAAAAAUUGUGAAUUCAGCAUUAUUAUUCUCGGCAAUACUGGAUCUGGCAAGAGUUAUCUUUGUAAUGCUCUCAUUGGGCACAAACAAUUUAAAUCCGGUUUUCAAGUGGAAGCAGUACCAACAGAAACAAACUGUGCCCCGGUUAUGAUGGAAUCAAAUAGCAUAACUAUGUACGAUACUCCAGGCUUAGUAGAAGCAAUUCAACAGCAAAUUGAUCGAAACCAAAAAGAAAUCACUGAAGCCUUUAGAAAGUGUCCAAAGUCGGUGGUCUUGUUUGUUUGGACACACACCAGCGAAUGCGUGCAUAAGGACGAUGUUAUUGCAUUUAAGGCUCUCAACGACGCCUACAAUUUUCCGGUCAAAUCUCUCAUCUUUGUUGUGAACAAUGUACCACAGAGAAGACCAGUUGACUACGAAGAUGCAUUCUUUACCACGCUCUCAUAUAUGUUAGAACCAAUGCCAGUUUCGAGGAAUGAUAUUAUUUUUAUCGAUAGUAUGGAACCUUGGGAAAAAGAGAGAAUCCAGGAAGCGCGUGAAAAACUUCUCAUUUCGAUCAGUUGUCAUCAUGCAGAGCUGCAAAAACAAUAUGUCCCUAUUAAUUUGCAAUCUGGUGAUUUGGAAUAUGUGCGAAAACUACUCGAAAGUCAGCGAUUGGACGCUGAAAAAGACUGGAAAGCCUUUCAAAAACAGAUCCAGGCAAAGCAAAAUACCACAAAAAAGCAUAGUCCAAUCGCUUAUCUAGAUCCUGAAUAUAGUUUUCAAAUCAUUCUUAUUGAUAUAUCGAAACAUUUGAAUGCAUUAUCUUCCUGCAUUUUGAAAACUUUACUUAAGUUGACAAAUUAUUCUAUACUUAUAUACAACGAUUUAAAAUUUAGUGAUUUUAAUGGAUUGCCUAAAAAAUCCACAUUACUCUUUAUAAGUAGCGAAUUUGCGUUAAGUAUGGAAAAUAAUAAACCUGAUUACGUCAAAGCAAUUUUCAUAUUGGAAAAUGACCAGAACAAAGUUGAUCAUCGAGAACGAUUCGCUACUGGUGAAGAUCUCAUGUGCCAAUUAGCUGAUGAACUAUAUCGAUGUUAUAAAAAAGAAGCCAACGAUUUUCUCAUAUGCGGUAAUUCAUCAAUGGCAAAUUCUGAUUAUGACAAUACAGUUGUAGCUGAUUUCCAACAAUUACUUAAUGUCAAAGGUGUUUAUCACUGUUGGCUAUCAGAUAAGACAAAUAUUAAUAAUUAUGGCGAUCUGUGCUUACAGUUAACAUGUGAUCUUAUUGCUUAUUACACCAAAUUAGGUGAUGAUUGUAGUGCCAAGCAAGAUGCAAAAACAGCUAGAGACAUGUUUAUGAAAGCUAAUGAGCUUUGUAAAAUUCUUGGUGAACUUUAA